AUGCUAGAAAAGUUAGUGCUCCUUUAUAUUAGAAAAGUUUGUGCUCCUUUAUCCUUGAGAGGUUAGUGCACCUUUAAAGGCAGGGUGUGGAGUUUUUUAUGUAAGAUUUCUAAAACAAGACCUACUUGUGUCCCCAGAGUUAGAUGAUCAAGUGAGAUGAUCUUUUACUUGCAGCAAAUGUAAUGCUGAUUUACUCUCAAUUAUAGAAACACUGGACCAAGUUGUUUAUGCUAUAAUUUGAUAUUUUGGUUAUCCAAUCAGAAAACAGAAUCAACCCCACAUUAGUCUCUCAUCUGGGUUGCAGUUUCAAUGUUUAAAUCCAGUUGGUUUAAAUCUAAAAUGCUUCUCUCUGAUCUGAACAGUCACUACCAAAAACACAACACUCGGAAGCAGUCAUGAAUCAGUGCUAGUGCAGCCCCUGCAGCUCGGUGGGUGAAUUCUGGAGGUUCAACAUGUGCCGUGGCCUGUCCAUACUUUUUCUUUCAAACCCGGCAGAGUGUAGGCUACUAGUAAUAAGACAGUACAGAAUAAAUAUACAGUACUAUCCUCAGAAAGUCCUCAAGUCCUCAGAUGCACAUUCAAGUUUAAGCACAAUAGAACGUUCAUUCACACAAAUAUAUGCACAGCCCUCGUAAAACCUUCUUUGUCUUCUUAAUUGCCCUAAAGUCCUUACAGGGAAAGCCAGCUCGGGUUACCACCACCAGAAGGCAUGCAUGAAGGAAGAGCUCCCAGAAAUGUGUGUGUGUGUGUGUGUGUGUGUGUGCGCGGCGGCGGCGGCGGAGAAGAGGUGGAACAGGUCCGCCCGGUCUGCUCCUGUACCUGACUUGCCUGCGCUGACGACACUCCUGCUGUCACACCUCCAACCUCUGCCCUGGGAGGAGCUCCGCCACGCAACAGGUGGAACUCUCCCCUCUCUCACCGCACACACACACACACACACAGAGAGAGAGAAGGACUACGAGGAAGACGCAAGGAGACAGAGCGAGAGAAAGAGCGUGUGCGAGCGUGUGUGCGGAGCCGCCGAAGAUGUCCAAGAAGCCGUCUCCGGUCAAACUCAGCGCGACCGAUGCUGCUAAGCUCGCUGAGAUCAUUAGCCGCAUGCAGAAAUGUGCCGACACGGUAGAGAAGGACAUCCUCCUGUCGGAAGAUCUGCUGGCUAAGGACCAGGAGCGUGAGGUGAAGAACCUGCCCUUCCUGCACCAGAAUGAGUGUGCAGACAAACUGGGGGAGGCCGAGGGGCUGCUCAAAGACCUCUUCAUGGACGUGGACAAGGCCAAGAAACUGGGACACCCGCAGGUCAAAGAGAUCGAGCGAGAUGUGAAGAACCUGCACGAGCGCUGGGCCAACGACUGCGCGGUCUACAGAGACGUGUACGACCAAGUGCAAGACCUGGACCUCAAGCAGAAGAUCGACUGGGGACCUCUUCUCGACAGCAAACUGAGGAAGUUGGGGAAUCAGGUGUUCGGUCCCAGUCUGGCCGACGUGGAGAAGCAGAUGGCCUCUCACAACAUCAUGCACCAGGAGAUCGAGGCGUACAGCCAGCAGCUACAGCCCGGCUCCACCCUCUCAAAGGAUCAGUACGCCGCUUUGAAGAACAAAUACGACCAGGUUUAUACGCAGUCGGUCCAGAGGCGCACACACCUCUCCACUCUGUACGACUACAUGCAGAGCUGCAGUAAAGAGCUGGUGUAUCUGUCCUCGCAGCAGGACCGGAUCCUCAACAGGGACUGGAGCGACCGCAUGGUGGACCCGGCCGGAGUGCGCACGGAGUACGAGAAAUUCAAAACAAACGGUCUACAGGCUCACGAGGGAGAGAUAAACCAGCUCCAGGAGGAAGGAGAGCGCCUCAUAGACGCAGGACAUCCAGCCAAAGACACCAUCUCUGGAUGUCAUGAGAAGAUCCAGGCCGAGUGGCAGCGCUUCCUCAACCUGUGCCUCGCCCAAGAGGAGCACCUGGACAACAUCCGGGACUACAAGAAGUUUCAGUUGGACGCAGAGACUCUGUCCGACUCCAUGCACAGACUCCACUCCAACCUGGACCCCAAAGUGCUGAAGGACAAGAGCAACCAGGAGGUGGUGCUGGCCAUAGAGGGAGACGAGCCGGCGCUGCAGAGGAACGAGCAGCGUCUGUCGGCCCUGAGGGACCUGAGCCGCACCGUGGUCCCGCUGAAGCAGAGGUGGAACCCGCCCUCCUCCAGCACCCGGGUGGUGUCCCUCUGCAACUGGACCGUGCCACAGGGCUCAGUGACCCGCGGGCAGAACCUCACCCUCAAGUCGAAUGCAGAUCUGAAGAAGUGGCAGGUGCAGGACGACAGGGGCCAGGUGCUGACCAUGCCCGCCGCCUGCUUCAUGGUGCCGGCGCCCGACCAAGACGCCCUCAAGAAAGUGGACAGCCUGCAGAGGGAGCUGUCUGAGCUGAAGGACCGCAGGGCCAAGCUGCUGUCGUCUCUGAAGAACUCCAACGUGGAGAAGGUGGUCAAUCAGAAAGCAGCUACCAUCUCCACCAUCCCAGACGACCCCAAAGCCAAAGAGCUGGUGAGGGAUCUGGACCGGAUAAACGGAGCUCUGGAGAGGCUCCAGAGGGACGUUGAGAAGAGACUCAGAGAGCCUCUGGACAACCGCAACCCAGUACAUGACCUGACCUCACGCCUGCAGGAGCACGAGAAAACCGCCCAGGCCCUGAACCAGCUGGAGUCGGAGAAGGCGGCUCUGCAGAGGGAGAUGCAGCCCGUCAUUUCCCAGAAGCCCCUGGGGCCCACGACCUCCACCCUGCCGGGGAAACUCAGCAACAUCAACAACAAGAUCGACGACGUCAGCGCGCUCAUGGACCUCUACAAGAAGAAAGCUUCGGCGUCUCUGUUCCUGGAGAAGCACAUGCAGAAGGUGGACGGGAUCGUGUCCGGGUUUGAGGAGAAGCUGGCUAAAGAAGGACCUCUUCUGGACAAACCCACUGCUCUGCAAACACGCACACAGGAACUACAGGCUUUGAAGAAGGACGCGGCCUCUCAGAAGGAAGAGCUGAACAAACUGGGGAAGGAGCUGGAGCUGACGGAGCAGGCGUGCAACUCCCUCCAGCAGAACUUCAGCGAGUACUGCCCCGACAUCCGCCGCCAGGAGAACCAGGUCAAAGCGCUCAGGAACCGCUACAGCAACGUCAACACACAACUGAGCGACAGGUUGGGUCUCGUGCAGGAGGCCACCAACAAAAUCCAGGACUUCCAAAACGCCAGUCAGUCUCUGGAUUUCUUCCUCAUCAAUCUGCCCAACAACUCGGUGAAGCCCACGGACGACUCGGCUCAGAUCUCGGCCAAACAGUACUCCCAGAUGAGAGUCGUGGAGGACAUCAACAGGAAGUCUGCGGAUCUAAACCGAGUGCAGGAUCUGUCCCGGGAUCUGCAAAACCUCCUCAAUACGUACGAGGCCAAGUCCAGCACUUACCGGGAGACUCUGUAUGGUCCAGAGGAGGAGGACGACGAAGACGAUGAAGAAGAGCAAAUACUUUCUCUGAACAAACGCCAGCCCUCCAACAUGGCUCAGGCCGUUCAGAAACAGGAAAGGGAUUUGUUGAACCUGUAUUCUGAAGUAUCUGCCAAGAACAGCCAGCUCCUCCAGCAGCUCGGCACCACAAAGAACAUCAAGGCCAGGAAUGAAGACAUGGUCAAUCACGUGGUGGUCAUCCAACAGCAGCAGCGCCAGAGUCAGCAGGAGGACCUGGAGGCCAGCGACGCCCUGAAGAGAGAGCUCACCGAGGAGAUCGGCAGACGCACGCGAGCCGAGAGCGACCUGGAGACCUACACCAAGAGGUUCGUGUCUCUGAAGAGCAGGAGAGGCGUGGAGAGGGUGGAGGAGAAGGAGGUGGUGCAAUACUACCGUGACCCCAAGCUGGAGGUGGAACUGGAUGCGCUGAGGAGGAAGAUCCAGGAGGAGUCGCUGAAGAGGUCCAGAACGCACUCUGAAAUUGAGAUUAUGAACCAGAGGCUGACCACACUGCAACUGGAGAUGAGCAGGAUCGAGCCCAAGCUGAUCACUAAGGUCUUGACGGAGUACGAGAGAGAUCCAGCGCUGGACAGGGAAAUGGCGAGGAUGAGGGAGGAGAUGGAGAGGAUCCGUCUGCAGGUCAAAACGCAAGAUUCCGAGACCAUCCAUAUCAAGACGGAGCUUACAGUGUUGACCCAGCAAAAGCCCAAGUUCAGGGAGAAGGUGGUGAAGAAGGAGGUGGUGCAACUGGAGAAGGACCCUGAGAUGCUCAAGUCCGUUCUGACCUUCCAAAACGAUAUUGCCAACGAGGAAUCCAGGAGUCAGAUCCUCACUGACAACAUCUUCAGUGUGCGCAGUGAGAUAAACACUCUGGAGAGGAUCAUCCCCACCAUCCAACCAAAGAUAGUCACCAAAGUGGUCAAGAAGGUGGAGCAGGACCCAGACAUGCUGGAGGAGUCCAAGAAACUGCGUAUCUGUCUGGAGGAAGAGAAGGAUGAAAAUGUUAUCUUGCUGAAGGACCUAACCACACUGCAGCUGCGCUAUGGUGAACUCGAGAAGCUCAUGCCCAAAGUGGAGAUAAAGGAGAUCAUCAAUGAGCUGUACAGAGUGGAUCCAGAGACAGAGGUGGAGCUGGUCCGUCUGAGGAAACAGCUGCAGGACCUGACCCGGAACCGUUCCGACAUGGACAAGGAGAUUGUCACUAUUACCUCAACACUGUCCACACUACGAGCUCAGAAACCCAAAGUGGAGUACAAGGAGGUGACCCAAGAGGUGAUCAAACAGGAGAGGAGCCCCGAGGUGCAGAGGGAGCUGCAGAGGCUCACCAAUCAGGUUUCCCGUCUCCAAGGCAAUGUGGACUCCACCCUGGAGCUUCUGAUACGCCUCCGCAAAGAGAGAGAUCAGCUGAAGGAGGAGAGGUCCAAGGUAGAGACCGAGGUGAUUACAAAAGACGUGAUCAAAUACGAGGAUGACCCUCUACUCCUGAAAGAGGCUGACAGGCUGAGGAGGAACCUGAGGGACGAGACCCAUCAGCGCCGUACAAUUGAGGAGACCCUCUUUGACCUUCAGAAUACAUACAUCAUCCUGGAGAGACAGAAGCCAGAGGAGAAGAUCAUCACACAGGAGGUGGUGCGCCUCCAGAAGGACCCCAAACAGAUCCUGGAACAUGAGAGGCUCAACAGGACGAUGGAUGAGGAGAUCAAGGCCAGGAGGAAGCUGGAGCAAGAGGUGCGUCAGCUUCGAGCUCUGCUCCAGGAGAAGACGAGCAUGUUGGCUCAGUUGGAUGACAGGCAGAAGAAGAUCCAGGUGGAGGCUGAGCUACGGCACAUUAAGGCUCGCAUCCUGGAGCUGGAGACCACCACUCCACCAGUGGAAGAAAAGAUCAUCAUUGAGGAAGUACUAAAGGUGGAGAGGGAUCCCAAGCUGGAGAAACUCACUGACAGCAUACGUUUAGAGUUAGAGACCGAAGGCAAUGAAAUCAGUCGUCUGGAACGAGAGAUACGCAACCUCAAGAUUGCACUGGAGAUUCUACAGAAGGAGAAGUCCAUGGAGAAGGUGGUGUACAGAGAAGUAGUGCGUGUGGAGAAAGACCCAGCCGUGGAGGCAGAGAGAGAUCUCCUCAGAGACAAAGUGUCACAGGAGAAGAACAGGAGGCGUGAUGCUGAGGACGCUCUACAGAACCUCAGUCUCAAGAUCACCCAGCUGGUGUCAUCCAAGACAGUGGUCAGCCAGGAAGAGACCAUCCUCAUCACCACCAAAGAAGCACUUCUUAGAGAGAGGGACGAACUAAUGCGUCAGCUCAAAGCCCUGGAGUCUCAGAGACACAGCAUCAACAUUACCUUCCAACAGCAGUCCAAGCUUAUGAGCGAGAUGAACAUGAUGGCACGCCAGAGGAGCGUCAAAACCACCAGUGAAAUCCAACGACUGGAGAGGGAGAUCCUCAACGAGAAAGACAGAAUCCACCAGAAGGAGACAAUAAUCAUUGAGCUACAGAACAGCAUCCAGAAUGAAGACCAGGCAGAAACUCACACCAGAGAGACCAAUAUGUCUACCAAAGUGUCCAUCUUGGAUCCAGACACAGGCAGAGACUUAUCCCCAUACGACGCCUACCUCCAGGGUCUGAUCAGCCGCGAGCAGUACAUCCACCUGUCUGAGCUCGAAUGCGACUGGGAAGAAAUCACUUCCACUGGUCCAGAAGGUGACUCCAGUAUCUUGCAGGACCGCAAGAGUGGCAGACAGUACUCAGUGAAGGAUGCUCUGCUGACCGGCCGCCUCACCGAAUACGACCUGAGCCGAUACAGAGACGGCAAAAUGUCUAUUGCCGAGUUCGCUCUUCUGGUCGCAGGAGAAACCCGAGUCGUACCCAUGCCUCCUCUACCGCCUCCAUCACCCGGGCUCAGGUCUCCCACAAAAGCCCUCCCCAGCUCCCCACACCCCCUCACCCCCAGGUCCAGGAUCUCCUCCUAUGGCAGCCUCAACAACCUCAGCGGCAGCCUCACCAACCUCAGCAACCUCAGCAGCAGCAACCACCUGAGCAGCAGCACCCAGAACCUCUCCAUGUCCAAUUUCACGGCCGGAGAUGAGUUCUUUCCCAUCUCCGGUAUCUACGACAACACCACUGACAGCCGCAUGUCUGUGAGAAGUGCCCUCACCAGGAAGCUCAUCGACCCAGACACGGCGCUGAAGCUGCUGGAGGCUCAGGCAGCCAGCGGGGGCAUCGUGGACCUCAUGAAGAAAGACAAGCUGUCGGUGCACAAAGCUGUGCAGCAAGGACUCAUCGACCAGUCGCACAUGCAGAAACUUCUCAACGCCCAGAAGGCCUUCACCGGAGUGGAAGACCCGGUGUCCAAGGAGCGCCUGGCUGUGGGUCCGGCCGCUAAGAAGGGCUACAUCACAGAGGAGAACGCCAAGAGGUACAUUGAGGCACAGUACCUGACCGGAGGCCUGGUGGACCCCGCUAAAGCCGGACGCCUCUCCAUCCAAGAGGCUCUGGACUCCAAGCUGAUCGAGGAGGACCUGGCCAAGCACCUGCGAGAUGAGUCCAGCCACACCAAAGAGCUGCUGGACCCCAUCACCAGGGAGAAGCUCACCUACAAAGAGGCCAUGGACCGCUGCACGAAGGACGCGACCACGGGCCUGCUCCUCCUGCCCGCCGCCUCCAGCGCAGACAACGCGCCCUCCUACUCCACCUUCAAGUUCGCCUCGGCCACCAGGGUCAUGACCUCCUGAGGCUCAAGGACUGUUUUUAUCGCUUCAUAAAAUCAACUUUUGCAUUGUUUUGUAAAAUCUUUGGAAUGCCAUGUUGUUUCACGGUGUGCCUUUUAAGCUCUUUGUAUUAUAUUGCUAACUCUGGAAGAUGAAUCAUGGACAUUAAAAUUCAUAAUUUAAAGCUUCUCGGUUAUUUUUUAAAGUUCGUAUAAUAAAUCUAAGAAAAUUUAUGGACUUUUUAAUAUUGUAUUUUGGCCCUAAUGUCAGCAUAUGCAUUAGAUGACCUUAUAUUUAUCUGUAUAUUAUAUAAUUAAGAUGAAGGCAGAUUUUAAAGCGCCAGUACGUAACCUUUCAGCCAAAAAAUUGAUUAAAUUGAAAGAUUUUUUUUUUGUUUUGUUUUUUUGAGCUUGUUUCCGUGGAAAUAUUGAUCCUUGGGCUAUAAUCUUCCACAGUAUGAUUAUCAAUCUCCAUGGAGAAUGUUUUUAACUUUCUGUUUUCAGUGAAUUAUGCUACCUCCAGAAAGUUGCAGAGUGUUGCUUUAAUUGGAUAAAUAAACAUUGAAGGAUAAUAACGCUUGACUUCAAUCCUGUUUAACAUUAGGCUAUUGGAUUUUUUUUUAUUUCAGUGUUUCUUAAAAAAAUAAAUAAAUAAAAAUGGUUUCAAAGCUGCA